UCUGCUCUUGAAAUUAGAUAUGUAUGUGAGUUUGACAUUUAUAUAAAUUCACUGUUUCAGGUAUUCAAAGAGUUGCAAUGCAUAGACAGUGAUCGCAAGUCACUCUAUUGUGUCUUUGCCGGUAUGGCCCAAGAAGAGGCUGACAGACUUGUGCACACCAGUAUUCCUGUCAAUAAAGGUAAAUGUCCAGUAUUCAAAGAGUUGCAAUGCCUUGACAGUGAUCGCAAGGGCCUCUUUGUGUCUUUGCCGAUACCACUGAAUGAGCGGCAUGGGUCAGACGUUGACAAACAGCGACUUACAGGCACAUUUAAGUUGUUUGGGUUUCAUGUCAUGCAUUUUGACAAUCCCGACUAUGAGCAAAUAAACCAGUACUUCAAAAGGCUUCGUGCUGAUGUCCGACUGGCUUUUAUUUCCUGCUUGGCUGUAUGUGUUAUGACUCAUGGAGAUGAACAAGAUCAGAUCUACCUCCAUGACCGUUCUUGUUUGUCAGUUACUGAUCUUAGAAAACUUUGUUCUAGUCGGGUUCUUCUUAACAAACCUAGACUUUACUUCGUUCAGGCAUGUAGAGGAGAAAAGGCCUUAAGACCAAUGUUUCUGCAACAAGAUGGCGCAGUUGUUGCUCACCAGGAGAGUGACUGCCUCAUUUCACAAGCAACAAUAAGAGGAUACUCUGCCUUUAGGAAUCAGAUGGAGGGAUCUUGGUACAUCACUGACCUGUGUCAAGCCUUACAAAAAUAUGGUCAUAUUCUGCCAAUCAAGAAUGUGUUACAAAAAACAAGAAAGAAUCUGAAGGAACGUGUUGAAAGCAUGAAUAAUACAUAUAUAACUCAGCUUUCAGAGGACAAGGAUACCUUAACCAGGGAUGUUCAAUUGGUGAGAGCUGACUUGGAUCAUUUUACCGAUGGUCUCAUGGAUCUGAUUGAGCUUGAGGUAACAGAAAAACUUCUGGAGGAAAAACUGGAUGAGGCUUUAUGUGACAUAUUUAACCAAAAUGUAAUGGCAGAUAUAAAUCACCAGCUUGGAUGAUUUAGAAUGUAACAGCAAUUUCAUUGAUUUAGGGAAACAUCAUAUGGUGUAGAGUGCCUUCUAAAGGAUCAGAAGCACCUAUGAUUGAAUUUUGUAUUUAUUUUUUGUGGCAGAUCCAGGGUUUCAGUCUUUAGUGUAAUAAAUUGCACUACUACAACAGGUGUAUUUAGCAUUAUGUGAAUGAUUUAGGUAACAGUGUUAAUUAAGUUGUGUCAAAUUACAAUAUUCAUGCAUAUAUACUCCAUGUUUAGUCCUUUUUCACCUUAUGGAAACCAUAAAUCUUAGAUCUCCUAAUUACUGUUGACUUAAUGUAUACAUUACUCUACACAAGAGUGCCAAAGUUUUCUCCAGAAUGCUUAGAAAAUGCCCAUAAAUAUGUUAAGACCCACCCCCUUUGUAACAUCCUGGAUUUGCAAAUAUAUAAGAUAUGUUCCAAUCCUUGUAUGUAAAAUACUACAGUCUAGAAUUUUUAGUUUUCACACUUUGUAUGAAAUAUAUGUCAGUGUAUAUGAUAAAUAUGAAUAUAAUUAUAUGUAAAAGAUAAAUAUGAUCAUUUAUGAUAAAUAUGAAUUAUUUAUUAUACACAGUUAUUCAUGAUGAAUAUAUAUUUUUUAUGAGAUAAUUCAGAUCCAUAGAUAUUCUGGAUAUACACCAGUAAAGAAUAAAUCUUAUAGAAGUGA